AUGAGCAUGUUGGCCAGAGCGCUGCAAGAAUGCGAGAAUUCAGGAAUCCUGUGGGCGGAAGCGAUUUUCCUCGAACCUCGUGCAGCGCGGAAGACCAAAUCAGUAGAUGCUUUGAGGAAGUGUGAGCACGACCCGCAUGUCCUUUUAGCGGUUUCAAAGCUGUUCUGGUCGGAACGAAAGCUUGCGAAAACGCGCGACUGGAUGAAUCGAACGGUAAAGAUUGAACCGGACUUGGGUGAUGCAUGGGCAUACUUUUACAAGUUUGAACUAAUGUUUGGCACCCCGGAACAACAGGAAGACGUAAAGAGCAGAUGCAUCCAAGCUGAGCCGAGACAUGGCGAGUUGUGGUGCAAAGUGUCGAAGGACGUAAAAAACUGGCGAUGUCCCGUUGAUGUUAUUCUCGAAAAAGUAGUCGAAACUUUGACCAUUCCCACUUGA